GCGAUAGACCAAUCUGCUAGCAAAGCUCCCAUGGGUUCCCGCUACGAGGUGGAGGUCACCGUGGGCUCCGGGCAGGACCUCAAGAACGUCAACUGGCGCAACGGCGACCUCAAGCCCUACGUCGUGCUCUGGGUCGACGACGGUCCCAAGUGCUCCACCGGCGUCGACAACCACGACGGCGAGAACCCCGAGUGGCGGGACGAGAAGCUCGUCGUCCGGCUGCCGCCCUCUGCCACCCGCCUCGAGGACGCCGUCCUCCACGUCGACGUCGUCCACGCCAACGCCGCCGCGGGGACCAAGCCGCUGGUGGGGUCCGCGCGCCUCCCGCUCCGCGACGUCCUCGACGGCGCCGGAAUCGGGAGCAAGGUCUCCCGCACGCUCCGCCUGAAGAGGCCCUCAGGCCGGCCGCAGGGGAAGCUCGACAUCCGCGUCGCCGUCCGCGAGGCCGCGCGGUACCACGAUCCGAGCCCGUACCCGGCUCCAUACGGCCAUCCGGCCGGCAGCGGCUCUAAAGACCCCUACCACGCCGCCCCGCCGCCGCCGCCCUACUACGGCCAGCCGCCGGUGGGGUACCCGGCGUACGGCGCUCCUUCUGCUCCAGCGUACGCGGCCGCGGCGCCGGUGGUUGUUGUCCCUGCGGCGGCGGCCGCUGCUCAACAGAAGGGCAGCAACAAGAUGGGGAUGGGAACAGGUCUGGCGGUGGGUGCGGCCGCCGGGGUGCUAGGCGGGUUGGCGAUUGCCGGAGGAGCUAGCUAUCUGGGGGAAAGGUUCGAUCACGAUUGCUGCGACAGCGACGACGACUAUUAGAACAGCGAUGGAAGGCGACGGCCGGCCGGUGGCGUGGCAUGGCCCAUGCCAAGGAACGAUCGGACAAUAGGUCGAGAAGGGAUUGAAAUAAGUGAGACUCCAAAGCAAAAUGAAUCAAAAAUUUCAACUAUAGCGUUCUGUUCAUCCGCAGCCUUUUUUGUAUUUUAAUUUGUUUGCUUGUAGUACAAUUUGAAUUGAAUCACCUCAAAAGUUUUCCUUUUUUUGGCUUUCAAUCUAACUUCUGCCUAGUUUUGACUUU